AUGCCUUCGCGUCAUUCAGGUCGUUCGUUGGAAUCGAUAUCAGUCAUGGACCAUGGUGAUGGUGGUGGAUUUUGGUGGUGGGGUGGGACGUGGUUGUGGAUGAUAAGUAAAGCCUGGACCCCACUCAUCACCUUCCACGACAAGACUUCGUCACAUGCAGUGACUCGAUGCGUACGUGGAGUCAAGGCAGUGCAGCGGCGGCUGCAAGUGCAACUUUCAUUCUUCAACACCCAGUUUCUCCAACUUCAACAAGUCACAAAUCUAUUUGUCCCCCAUGCCUACAAAAUUCAGCUAAACGACAGGCCGUUUCCAAUCCAAAGCAAAAUAUCAAAUAUCAGCGCCAGGUCACCUAUUCCACAGAUUUCGAUGGAAGCGGGAAGCCUUCUCCGCAGUCCAAUUCCAUGGACUCCAAAACGCCCUUUCCGACGUCGUCUCGUCCCCGCUUUCCCGCGCAGCAUCAGGGCUUCGAAUUCAGACACUCGUUACAGAGGCCCAAAGCCCAAGAGAAAUUGGGUCGCCGAUUGGGUCUCCAACAACGACGACGCCGCUCGGAGCUUGCCGAUAUACGCCGGCGGCGCCUCUCUCAUGGCCAUCCUCUUCAACCGCACCGUUUCGGACAUCGCUCUCGUCGCUGACGCCAGUAGUUCACAGUCCAGAGCUGAUUUAUUGACGUUGGGAUUGGCCGUGACCAACAUACUAGCAGGUUUGGUGUGGCUGUCGAUCAGGCCAAAAUCUAUAUCUAAGGUGAGUCCGGAAGGGGUCGAAUGCGAGCAGAUGCAUCCGAAUCUUCCCAAGACUCUACUUUCUGAGUUGUUGUGGGCAUGGGAAUCUCUCUCCAGCGUGACAUGCUGCCGGUCUCUAGUUAUAGUUUAUGAUGGAAGAUGUAUCCUUCAGAUUGGUUUUGCAGCCGAAUCUUCCAAUGGUGAUGGAAAGGCUGUGGAUGUGGAUGCUGAUAAACUGAUGCAAGGAUCACUCUAUCGAGGGGUUAUGAAAUCAGGAGUUCAGAGCUAUUUGGCCAACCUAUAUCUUUAUCCUGGGAAAUCCGAGCUACCAUUUCUGCCUUCAAAUACGCAGGCAGUAAUAUUGCAGCCACUUGGAGACAAAGGGAUUGCUGUAAUUGGUGGUGACACAGUAAGAGGAUUCACAUCGUCUGAUCAGGCAUGGAUUUCAUUAAUCGGAGAGAAGCUCGAUUCUACGCUAUCAAAAUACGUGGAAAACCUCCCAUUGGCUGUACAAGAUCCAGUUCUGAAGUAAUUAAACUGUGAGGCUUAAUGAUCGUAUCGCCUUAUGCAACGGCUGUAGCCUUUAUCCAGGUUCCUCAAGCAACAGCUUAUCGUACAGAGGAUGAAGGAUGGCGGUUAUCGAGAUCAUGUUCUCGUGCCUUCCAAUUCUAUUGCGAUACCUGAAAUAUAUAAUGUAUGUAGUCUGUUUCUUUGUAUUAUCGGUCAGUUAUCUUCGACAAUGCAUUUCGAACAGAUUCUUCGGAGCUGCUUGCUGGGAAUUUGUACAAAGCGGACUCUUCAGAGCUGUAUCUAAUUCUAAACUCAAAACCGCACUUUUAUUACUAAUGCACCUAAUUUUGCUCGA